CCCAUUUUAAUUGACAAGACACAAGAAAAAGAACUUUUCAUUUAGAUCAUAAUUUUUUUUUGUGCGAAAAAGUGAUUAAUAACUAAAGAAAAUUUAUAAAAUACUGCAAAAACUAAAGGAAUUUUAUAAAAAUUAUUAAACCAUAACGAAUUUAAAUGUGUGUGGAUAGGAAUUAUCUACAAAUUAAUGCUCAUUUUAGGAGCUUUAACCAGAAAUAGUAAGAAAAACUAGUAGUGAGACAGAAAAAGUAAAAAGAAAUAAUUGAAAAGAAAAAGAAAAAACUACGACGACAUUAUAGAAACGGGAAGAAGCAUACACUACAACACCCCAUAGAAGGGAAUAAAAUAAAAAUAUAUACGGAAAUUCAUAAAGAGAACCUUGGAAUUUGAAUAAUUACAAAAAUGCCUACCUCUAGAUCAUCGGCGGCCUCGGAUUUGGUGCAUACGGGCUCCGGCCCACAGCCCUUGGUGAAGAUCGGCCAUUAUUUGCUGGGCAACACCUUGGGUACGGGCACCUUUGGCAAGGUCAAGAUAGGAGAACAUCAAAUGACCAAACACAAGGUGGCGGUGAAAAUUUUGAAUCGCCAGAAAAUCAAAUCAUUGGAUGUGGUGGGCAAGAUUCGCAGAGAGAUACAAAAUCUAAAGCUGUUUAGACAUCCUCAUAUUAUUAAACUGUAUCAGGUUAUUUCCACACCCACUGAUAUUUUCAUGAUCAUGGAGUAUGUGAGUGGCGGAGAGUUGUUCGAUUAUAUUGUCAAACAUGGUAAAUUGCAAGAGCAUGAAGCACGCCGUUUCUUCCAGCAGAUUAUCUCGGGCGUAGACUAUUGUCAUCGCCAUAUGAUAGUGCAUCGUGAUUUGAAACCAGAAAAUCUAUUGCUGGAUCAUAAUCGCCAUGUGAAAAUUGCUGAUUUUGGUUUGUCCAACAUGAUGUUGGAUGGUGAGUUUUUGAGGACUUCUUGCGGCUCACCUAAUUAUGCUGCGCCAGAGGUUAUUUCGGGCAAAUUGUAUGCUGGUCCCGAGGUGGAUAUCUGGUCUUGUGGUGUUAUUUUGUAUGCCUUACUUUGUGGCACUUUGCCGUUCGAUGAUGAGCAUGUGCCCACCUUGUUCCGCAAAAUUAAAUCGGGCAUAUUCCCCAUACCGGAGUAUUUGAAUAAGCAGGUGGUGAAUUUGGUGUGUCAAAUGUUGCAGGUGGAUCCUUUGAAGCGCGCCAACAUAGAGGAGAUUAAGAAACAUGAGUGGUUCCAAAAGGAUUUACCCUCCUACUUGUUCCCUUCCUCCAUAGAACAAGAUUCGAAUGUUAUUGAUACCUAUGCAGUGUCCGAAGUGUGCGGCAAGUUUGGCGUUAAGGAGCAGGAAGUACACAAUGCCUUAUUGAGUGGUGAUCCUCAUGAUCAAUUGGCCAUAGCUUAUCAUUUGAUCAUAGACAACAAACGUUUUGCCGAUGAGGCGGCCAAAACCGAGAUAAACAAUUUCUUUGUGGCCGGAUCACCACCCCCAGCCGCCCAUUCGCCCAAUGAAAGUCCUGAACUUCUGGCUGGAGGUUCGGGAUCUGGUAGCUCUACUCCGGGAAGAACAUCCCUAACACCCUCUAUGAAACCCCAUCCCGAACGUAUAGCUCCCAUGAGGGAACGACAAUUGGCCAUGUCUAUGGUGCAAUCACAGGGCGGAGCUGCCUUCCCCGAGAAAACCGCUAGAGGCACACCCAUCAAAAGAGCCAAAUGGCAUUUGGGCAUACGCUCUCAGAGCAAACCUAAUGAUAUUAUGUUGGAGGUGUAUCGUGCCAUGAAAGCCCUGGACUAUGAGUGGAAAAUUAUUAAUCCUUAUCAUGUGCGUGUACGCCGUCAAAAUACCAAAACCGGCAAACAUUCAAAAAUGUCUUUGCAACUAUAUCAGGUGGAUGCCAAGAGUUAUUUGCUGGAUUUUAAAUCAUUAACACACGAUGAAGUCGAACAGGGUGAUGAUGUUAUUUUGGAGAGUCUAACUCCACCGCCCUUGAGCAAUAUAGGUCUUAUGCCACCACAGCCCACGGGUCAUCAUACAAUGGAAUUUUUUGAAAUGUGUGCUGCUUUAAUUAUACAAUUGGCACGUUAAUUAACACCUUUUAUAUAUGUAUUUAAGUUUUUAUUAACAUAAAAUUGGCUUUUUCUUUUAAUAACACUAACAUUUAUUAACUAAUGCCCCAAUUACUCUCUUUAUGAGAAAAAAAUUGAGUUUGUUUAAUAGAUUUAACAGGAAAUUUGGAAAUGAAACAAAAAAACAGUUCUAAACUUUUAAGAAAUUUAUAAUCCCUGUAAUGAAAUUUUAUAGUACAAAAUAGUUUUUCACAAACUCUUUAAUAUUUUACAAAAAUAAUUUAGUUUCUGGGUUUUCUGGGGUCUAGCUUUUUUGUUUAAAUAUAUUUAAAACUUGCAAUUGUUGUAAAUUUACAACUUUUUAAACAAAAGUUUUUAAAACUUUUUUUUUACAAUUUUCAAACUAUGUAAUCUUUCUUUUUUAAUUGUUUUGUCCUUUUUUGUUUUCCCCCCUAAAUAUUGUUAUUAUUUCUUUGCUAGUAUUUAGUUUAUAUUUAUGGUUUAUUAGCAACGAAUGGCUUGUAAUGAAAAAUUUUAUAUAAAAAAAAGAGUGGAAAUUACUUUAGCAUGCUAGAGCAUGCAAUAAAUUCUAUAAAUUAUAUUAGUUUGGUCGCAAUAAUAAUUAUUAUUUUUGUAUUAGUUUUAAGAAUACACAUUUCUUUUGUUAAAUAAAGUUAAAGAAGUAUUAAAAAAAUAAAGGAAUCCAAAAAA